CCUAAUCUGUACAUUAUGAUAGAUACACGAACUCAUAUUCGAUAUAUUAAGAUUAUCAACCCAACCAGACGUUCUAGCAUAUUAGUUUCCCAUCAAACGACGAUAAGAUACAACUUGAAAAUGUUUGCCGCAUUCGCUCUGAUUUCGCUGGUUGGUGCUGCUAGCAUCAAUCAUCAAGCUCAUCCCCUUCCGCUGAAUUUGGAAGUGAAGAUAGGGCAGAUCUUCCAUGACAUGGAUACAGACAAAAACUUCUUUAUUUCCACGACAGAGAUAUCCCUCUUUUUUGGCGUCUAUGACUUGGAUAACCUUGACGGCUCUAAAGCAGUCAGUAUAGACCUCAAUGAAUUCAAGCAAGGCUGGGAUUAUGGCGACAGCGAUGCGCAGAAGGAGCACAUUUUCCGGCAAAUGGAUUCAGACAAAAAUGGCGCGCUUACUGAGAUUGACCUUAUUACGGUUUUCGCCACUGCUGAUAAAAACGCAAAUGGAGUGCUUGAUUUUGGAGAGUUUGAUAGCUACAUGAGAACAGUCAUCUACAACAAUGUCUGAUUCACAGCUAUACAAUGUAUUAUGAUAUAAAAAUUAAAACUCUUAACUUUA